AUGAGUUUUAGUUUCAAUACUGCUACUACAACGUCGACGAGUACGUUCGGUACCACUACACCGUCUACCGGAUUUUCUUUUGGCAGUGGUGAUACAAAUAAGCCAUCUUUAUUUGGAACCAACAAUGCAGCUCCCGAAAAUAAACCAGCAUUUAACUUUUCAAGUCCAAGCGGUAGUACAUUUGCCUUUGGUGGUGCUAAAACAACUGCUGCUACAUCUUCCCUGUUUUCAACUCCGACAACAAGCACAGUGUCAGCUUUUGGAGCAAAUAAACCAGCAACCUUUGGUGCCUUCUCGUCACCGCCUAACCAGACUGUAGGCGCUCCCGGCUUUGGACAAACCGCUGGACAAAAUGUGGCACAGAAUCUAUCAUUCGGAAGUACACCACAACAACCUGCACCAUUCAGCAGUCCAGCCAACCAAGCUGGAGCACCACCUAGUUUUGGCGCUUCACCUAGUGGUGGAAGCUUUGCCCUCAAUAAACCGCAAGGCUCUCUUUCAACAGGUUUCGGCCUCACGACACCUGCAUCUGGAUUCUCCGCGCAACCAGCCACAACUACAACUUCAACAGCUUUAACAACACAACCCAGUUUCCUUGGCUCCGGUGCAGCUUCCAGCUUCGGUGCCAAGCCUGCUUCCUCCUUCAGCUUCGCCAAUACAGCAAUGACACCGUCAUCAGGUUUCGCUCUACCUGGUCAACAGUCACAACAACAACAACAACAGACGCAACAACAGCAGACACAGCAACAACAACAGCAACAGACACAGCAACAACAACAGCAACAAGCACAACAGCAGACAACGUCUACAGGACUAAGUUUCGGACAGAAUACUGCGAUCGGAUCGGGUUUUCAGGGUACAUCUUCGCUUGGUUUUAAUAUUCCAGCUACUACAGCUGCAGCUUCUACUGGAUUAGGUGGUUUCGGCAUAACAACUUCCCAACCAACGGGUUUGCUACCAAGUUUUGGCACUACAACAUCGUCCGCUCAACCCACAACAGGGCUUAAUUUCGGUACGACUCCAGCCACUUCUACUCAAGGAUUAUCUUUCGGCUUAACAACUAGUACUGUGCCGACUACGAAUCCACCUUCUACAGGCCUUAGUUUCGGGACCACCACAGCGGCCACCGGACUAAAUUUGGCAACAAGCACACCUAGUUUUGGAGUAACAACUUCAGCUCAACCAACAACGGGUCUCAGUUUUGGUACAACAACUACACCGCAACCAACAACUGGCCUUAACUUUGGCACAACAACUACACCCCAACCAACAACUGGCCUUAAUUUUGGCACAACAACUACAUCGCAGCCAACAACUGGCCUUAAUUUCGGUACAACAACUAAACCACAAUCAACAACUGGCCUUAGUUUUGGCACAACAACGACAUCUCAACCUAGUUCUGCCCCUGGCCUCAGUUUUGGUACUACUGCUGCAACAACUGGUCUCAGUUUUAGUACAGCGACAACCACUCAAGCUAGUACUGGGCUUGGCUUUGGUGCAACAACGACUUCGGCUGUUGCGACGAGUGGUGGGUUCGGAUUCACUGGCACUAGUACAGCAUCCGCGAUUGGCUUUGGUAUCAAACCGACCUCCACAUCAGCCACUUCUACAGCGUCAACAGCAGCACCGUCUGGUAUCACGGCUCUUGGUAAAACUACUACCACUAUGGCCUCAUUAACUACAGCUACAACAACAACUACCGCAGCGCCCCCCCAAAAUAUAACUUCCAUCACAUUCGCACAGCUCGAGGAGAAUAUAAACAAGUGGACUUUAGAAUUGGAAGAACAAGAGAAGACAUUCAUCAAUCAAGCAACUCAGAUCAACGCGUGGGAUAGGCUACUCAUUUCUAAUGGAGAGAAGAUAGUGGAACUAAAUGAUGCAGUACAAACAGUGAAGAAUGAGCAGCAAAGCUUGGAACACGAAUUGGACUUCGUACUAGCUCAGCAGAAGGAGCUGGAGGACUUACUGGCGCCAAUGGAGAAGCAACUUCAGGAGGAGCCAGUGGACAGACUCAGAGACCCAGAAAGAGAACAUAUGUAUACUCUGGCCGAAAAUCUAGACACCCAACUGAGGCAAAUGUCUGAAGAUCUAAAAGAAGUAAUAGAGUGUCUCAACGAGACUAACAGGAGUCAGGACAGUAAUGAUCCUAUAGUUCAAAUCGGGCGUAUCCUUAACGCACAUAUGUCAUCAAUGCAGUGGAUAGACAACUCCAUAGCGCAGAUAUCUACCAAACUGGACCAGCUCAAGGCCACCCACGACACGUUGCGCAGAGACAACGAAAGAUCAUUCCAGCUGACCUACAAUUAA